UAUUCUUGUGGACAAAAAUAAAAUAAAAGUAUUCUCCAUUUCUACUUUUUCUCCAUCAGUUCUUUGUUUUGUAGUAGAAAUUUCUCGACAAAAAAAUAACCAUGCUCCGCGCGUUUCUCCGAUCAGGAAUCUGUUAAUGGGUGCCCCUAAGCAGAAAUGGACAGCGGAAGAAGAAGCUGCUCUCAAGGCAGGAGUUCUUAAGCAUGGUACUGGUAAAUGGCGCAAUAUACUUUCAGAUCCUGAGUUUAGUUCUGUCUUGUGUUCACGCUCAAAUGUGGAUCUCAAGGAUAAAUGGAGAAAUAUAAAUGCAACGGCCAUAUGGGGAUCGAGGCAAAAGGCCAAGCUUGCUCUUAAAAGAAAUCAGUUGGCCACUAAACUUGAUGAUAAUCCAGUGGCUCUAAUCACUGUACUUCCUAGAGAAGAGGUCGUUGAUGCUCAGCCGCUCGCAGUUUCUAGUGGAACACCAAGGGAAACAGGUCCCAAGAAACCAAUUCCAAGGCUAGACAAUAUUUUACUAGAGGCUAUCACCAUUUUGAAAGAACCAGGCGGUUCUGACAGUGCUUCAAUUGCUGUAUACAUAGAGGCGAAAUAUGCUGCUCCACCAAACCUCAAGAAGCUAAUGGCAACUCAAUUAAAGGGGUUGGUAGCAAACGGGACAUUGAUAAAGGUAAAGCACAAGUACACGAUUGCACCGCAAUCAACUAUUUCUGAAGCAAGGAAAUCUCCUCUGCUUCUUUUGGAAGGAAGGCAGAAAGAUUCUGCAAAAGCAAAGAAGAAAGGCAUCGGCAUUCUUAAUAAAACCCAAGUUGAUGCAGAUUUGUUGAAAAUGAGGAAUAUGACUGCUGAAGAAGCCGCUGCAGCUGCAGCACAAGCAGUUGCAGAGGCAGAAGUUGCAAUCGCAGAAGCUGAAAAGGCAGCAAGAGAGGCAGAAGUGGCAGAAGCUGAAGCAGAAGCAGCAAAAGUUUUUGCUAAAGCAGCUGAGAAAGCAUUGAAGUCCAGGAUGCUAGAUACCUGUUGCGAACUUGUGCAGAUGGUAUGAGUGGAUAUUCACCAUUUGGUCUUAGUUCAUUGCUGGAACCAUGCACCAGACUCAACAUCAUGCUGGCCUGGUAUAUGGACCACGAUCUUGUCUGUAACUGUAAAUAUAUUAGGCUUGUAAAGAAGAGAAUGGGAGAUUAAUCCAUUAAGUGCUUCGUUUUUAUGAACAUUUGGUAAAUGAGCUUAGAGUUUUUAGGGAUUCUAUAACUUUAUCAUCAAGUAAAAGAGUACAGAUAUAGCAAAAAGAAACAGAGAUAGGCAUUUAUGAUGCCACGCUUUGAGAUGUGAUUUGUCUCGUCUGCAAGCCUACGAUUGAACUGCCGUUUUGUAAGUGGGUGU